AGAGAACUCUCUGCAUGGGAGACAGUCUUGUAGCCAGAAGCUUUCUCCAGACAUUAUGUACAACAUACGGCUGGAUUCUUUAGCUGCGGAAAAAGAGUGGCAGGACAUGCUAAUUAUUGGACAUUUAGAGGCAAACAGACGCACAGUGCAAACUUCGGAGAUGGUUACAUCCACAAAGAAGACCCCGACAAAGAGAAAGUGUGCCCGAACGACUUAUUUCAUUGGAGGCAACGAGAUCUGCAAGAAUACUUUUCUGUUUCUUAUGGGGUCUAACCACUAACUGAGGUCUAAACCAGGACUAAAACAAGACUAAACCAGGAAGUACAGAUACAAGCUCUAAACAUUGGCAGAGACACCCUGGCUGAUAUAGUCAAACACUAUGAGGAGAAUGGGGCAAGACCACGUUUGAGGAAGAAGCACUCAUUGCCACGUCCACCAGCCAGGUUCAUCAGCCCUGAGGAUAUCAACAGAGUUGUGGACUUCAUAAAACACUAUGCAGAAGACAAUGCCAUCAUGCUGCCUGGCCGACAGCCUGGGCAUAAGGAUUGGCAUGUGAAGUUGCUGCCAACUCAUGUGUCCAAGGCCUCAGUGUGGCGUCUCUACGUGAAGUCUGCUAAGGAGCUUGGUGAGCGUGCAGUUUGUAAAACCAGCUUCAAAGCACUGUGGAACCGACUUCUCCCACACAUCAAAAGUUGCCGGCCACGCACAGAUCUCUGCUGGCAGUGCCAAAGCAAUAACGAGCAGCUGAUACGAAGUGCAAACCUCCCAGAUGAUAGAAAGUCUGAAGCAGUAAAGAAGCAACAAGAUCAUCUUUCCCUUGUGCAGAAAGAGAGGGCUGUGUACAACGACAUGACUGCUGCCUGCAGAAAGAUUUGCUCUGGCUCCAACCUGUCUUUUGGACCAUCCCUACCAGCAAGCAAGAAGAUUAGGAUGCAUUACAGUUUUGAUUUUGCUCAGCAGUUACACUUUCCCUCAAACCCUCUCCAGCCAGGACCAAUGUACUUCCUGACCCCACGGAAAUGUGGCCUAUUUGGUGUUUCAUGUGAAGGGCUGCAGAAACAGGUGAAUUACCUGAUUGAUGAAGGCAUGUCAUCUACUAAGGGAAGCAAUGAAGUCAUCAGCUACAUGCAUCAUUUCUUCGGCAACUUUGGUGUUGGAGAAACAGAGGUGGAUCUUCAUUGUGACAACUGA